AAUAAAUCAAUCUGUUUUCUUUUUAGUUUUACUAUUCAAUCAUUUAUUGCUAGCGCAUCAAAUGAGUCACGGGAGAAAUUUCUAGCUGAUAUUGCAGAAAUAAUCAAUACAAUUAACUCUCAAGAUAAAGAUACAACUGAUGAUAAUUAUUUGCAUGAAUUUAAGGACCCAAUGUAUAACAAUAAUUUAAAAUUGUUCCUGAAACAACUUCGUAAUGCUGAUGAAGAUGACCAUUCUAUUAACAUGCAAGACAGAAUGUGUAAUAAAAGAGGCAAAUCGAGAGGUCUCUGCAAUGCUAAAGAUGUAUACGAAGUAGCUAGUGACGUAAGCAAAAUUAUAGAUAAUAUUAACCGACAAGCAGAAAAUGAGGAAGAAAUUUUAAACGCGUUGCGUUGUAGCGUAGGUAGGUGUGGCAAGGAUGAUAUUGAUUAUAAACUAAAAAAUACAGAAAUUGAUGAUUCUGCAGAAGAUAAUCCUAAUAUGGAAGGGGAAAUACAUGACGACGAUUCAAACCAAAAUCUCUUGCAAGCUGUUUUGAAAGAAAUUAACGAAAUAUCCAGUGGAAAUGGUAAGAAUAAUACCGUUUUAGGCAAACACAGUAGAGUUGUGAUACCGCUCACACCAGAAGAUAUGGCUAAUUAUUAUAGAUCAGCUGUGGACGAUGUUAGAAAAGCCCUUAUGGAUUACGUAAGAUAUAGAUCUAAUUUUAAAACGAUGCGUGGACUGCCGAGAGCCGUCCGUCGUGGCGUACAAAAUAUACGAGAGAAGUAUAGACAUUUCAAAAUAACAGACAAAGCAUUAGCCAAACACAUAUUCGAUCUUCUAUUAACUGACAUGAAGAAAAUAAGAAUUAUUCCAGAUAAAGAUACACGAAACUUGUAUGAUGUGUAUUUACCAGUUUGGAUGUAUAUGGAGACGUUAAAUAAGAAAGAAGGUAGAAGAUUGAGAUCAAGCAAGCGCAUAUUACCAUUAACGUUACACCAAAAGAAUAGAAUGCAGAAUAAAGAGCCACCUAGGAAACUAUUGAAAUACGCGUGGAGGAGAAACUUAAAUCCUGAUCAAGCCAAAUAUGGAGUUCCAUUUGUUCUUGAUAUUCAAGGUUUAGGGCAAAUAAAUUAG